CAAAGAAAUAACCUCCAAAUGUGGCUUGACGCCCGGGCCUACAUGGCUUCAUUUACGCUUAAUUCUAGACCACUCUGGCCUAGCACCGGUCCUAUCACGGCCAACCCCGCGAAAGAAAUCCCCUUUGCGCUAACAGUUGGUCCAAACCUUGUUCCACGAUCCUGUUUUUCCUUUAAUUUUCGCUUCUCGACAGCUUCAACUCCUUGAACCAUCUCCAAGUAUAAGAUGUCGCGUGUCGCUCACUGAUUCACAUCCAGAUCACCACUCUCAUCUCACCUUCUGCAGUCCACUACUCUUCAUUGAUCAACCCUCUCACCAUGUCUCCUGAUAGCAAGGUUGACAAUGGCAUCGCCCCUUUCGCGGUGCCAGUCGACGCCAACGUCGCUCAUGAAGCUGCCGCUGCUACUGAAGCCGAGCACAACAUGGGCUUGAUGCAGUCUUUCAAGCUCUACAAGAAGGCUUGUCUGUGGUCCAUCUUUCUCUCCGUAUGCAUCAUUAUGGAGGGAUUCGAUGUUGUCCUCCUCAACAACCUCUUCGCUUAUCCCCCGUUCCAGAAGAAAUUUGGUGUUGAGCAGCCUGACGGCACGUAUCAACUGACAGCUGCUUGGCAAUCUGGUCUCUCCAACGGAACUCUCUGCGGUCAAAUCAUCGGUCUUUUCCUCAACGGUAUCAUCGCUGAUCGCUUCGGUUAUCGCAAGACCCUGAUCGGUGCUCUCAUUGGCUGCAUUGGCUUCAUCUUCAUCAUCUUCUUCUCUGAGACUCUGGUUCAGCUUCUCAUUGGAGAGAUCUUUAUCGGUAUUCCCUGGGGUGUCUUCCAGACCCUCACCACCACCUACGCCUCUGAGGUCUGCCCUACCCACCUCCGCGCUUAUCUCACUACCUUCGUCAACCUCUGCUGGGUUCUCGGCCAGUUCAUCGCCUCUGGUGUUCUCCGUGCCAUGGUCACCCGCGAUGAUGAGCUUGGAUACAAGAUUCCCUUUGCUCUGCAGUGGAUGUGGCCUGUUCCCCUCAUCAUCGGAAUCUACCUUGCUCCCGAAUCUCCCUGGUGGCUCGUUCGUCGCGGCCGCAUCGAAGAGGCCAAGAGAUCUCUCGAGCGUCUCACCGUCCGCAACAGCAAUGUCGACUUCAGACCCGAUGAGACCAUCUCCAUGAUGGUUCACACCAACGAGAUGGAAAAGGAAGCUCAGGCGGGUACUUCGUACUUUGAUCUCUUCAAGGGCGUUAGUCUUCGUCGAACUGAGAUUGUCUGUGUUACCUGGAUGAUUCAGACUCUCUGCGGUGCUACCUUUAUGGGUUAUUCUACCUACUUCUAUCAGCAGGCCGGUAUGGCUGUCGAGAACAGUUUCUCCAUGUCUCUCGGCCAGUACGCCAUUGGCGCUGUCGGUACCGUCUUUUCCUGGUUCCUCAUGGGUUGGUUCGGUCGCCGAACCCUCUACCUCUAUGGGCAGCUUGCCAUGUGUGUCUUCCUCUUGACCAUUGGCUGUGUCGCCUUUGCUGGCCGUGACAACGUCGCUGCUCAAUGGACCAUCGGAUCUCUUCUUCUCGUCUACACCUUCACCUACGAUUCGACUGUCGGACCCGUCUGCUACUCUCUCGUGGCCGAGUUGUCCUCCACCCGUCUCCGAACCAAGACCGUCGUCCUCGCCCGAAACACAUACAACAUUGUCGGAAUCAUGACCAACAUUAUUACUCCUCGCAUGUUGAAUCCUUCUGCUUGGAACUGGGGUGCCAAGGCUGGUUUCUUCUGGGCUGGAACCUGCUUCCUCUGUGCUGUCUGGACAUAUUUCCGUCUUCCUGAGCCCAAGGGCCGAACAUACGGUGAGCUCGACGUUCUCUUUGAGCGUGGAGUUCCUGCUCGCCAGUUCAAGACUACUGAGAUUGAGCGUGUUGAUGCCGAGUUUCAGACCAAGGAAAAGGCUAGCGCUGUGUACGUUGAGAAGGUGAACAGCAGUGCGUCUUAGAUGGUUUAGAAUGCAACUGUCAAUGAAUAUUAUGGAAUAGGCGUCAUACCUGUAGUUAGUUAGUACAACAAGAGAUGAAUUGUUCAACAUA